AAAAACUUGAAAAGUGAACUAUUCCUCCCCACAAUGGCUACUACUCUCCCCUCUCUUCUCCCCUUCUCUCCUCCCUCAUACCAAAGGCUUCCACAGCGGUCUUCUCCUUCACAUCCAUCCUACUUAUCGCACCCUUCCUUUCUCCUCCUCCACGACUGCUCUCAUCCCAAUGAAAUCUUCCAAGCUCUCACCCCUAUCAUCAAGAACUGCUUGAUUUCCGAACCCUUCGUCCAAAAUAAGCUCGUCGCACUCUUCUCCCGUUGUGGAUGCAUCAAUGAGGCUUCCAAGCUCUUCUCCUGCAUCCUCUACAAGCCCGAUGAGCUCUACCACUGUCUUCUUCGCGGUCAUGCUCACCAUUCACCUUUAGAAGAAUCCCUCUCUUUCUACUCUCAGAUGCGGCUUGCUGGUGUUGGCCCACUGGUUUACAGCUUAACCUAUCUCCUCAAGAGCUGUGGUGACCGCUCCGAUCUCAAGAGAGGUAAAGAAGUUCACUCUCAGCUGAUUUCGAAUGGGUUUGGCUCCAAUAUCCAGGCCAUGACUUCUGUAGUCAACAUGUAUUGUAAGUGCCGUCUUGUUGAAGACGCACGCAAGAUGUUCGAUCGAAUGCCUGAAAAGGAUUUGGUGAGUUGGAAUGCUUUGGUAGCUGGUUACGCUCAAAAUAGUCUAGCGAAAGAAGCACUGGAGUUGGUUGUGACGAUGCAGGAGUGUGGUCAAAGACCAGAUUCGAUCACAAUCGUCUCAGCUCUUCCAGCUUGUGCUGAUAUAGUCUCUUUGAGGAUUGGGAAGUCAGUUCACGGUUUCGCAAUUAGAGCUGGGUUUGACACACUGGUAAACAUCUCGACCACAGUCGUCGACAUGUAUUCGAAAUGUGGUUCGUUAAGUUCAGCUAGGUUGGUGUUCGACAGAAUGCCGGUUAAGAAUGUUGUCUCAUGGAACUCCAUGAUUGUUGGAUAUGUAAGCGGCAAUGAAGCUGGAGAAGCUUUGAAACUAUACAAGAUGUUUUUGGAAGAAGGAAUCAAUCCAACAGAUGUUACCAUGAUGGGAGUGUUACAGGCUUGUUCCGAGCUUAGCGAGUUAGAAGAAGGAAGGGAAGCUCAUAAGCUUCUGGUUAGAAAUGGAUUAGGAUCUGAUACCUCAGUCAUGAAUGCUCUGAUAACAAUGUAUUCAAAGUGCAAGAGAACUGAUCUUGCAGCUGAAGUCUUUCAAAGCUUACAGUCUAAGAGUCUUGUGUCUUGGAAUGCUAUGAUAUUAAGUUAUUCACAGAAUGACAGACCAACUGAUGCAGUGAACCUUUUCUUCAAGAUGUUGAAGAAGAACAUAAGACCGGAUUCAUUCACACUGGUCAGUGUGAUUCCAGCACUUGCAGACAUAUCGCUCCCUCGUCAAGCGAAAUGGAUACAUGGCUAUGCUAUCAGAUUGCUUCUAGAUUCCAACAUCUUUGUCAGAACUGCUCUCAUUGAUUUGUACGGGAAAUGCGGGGCAUUGAGCUCAGCGAGAUUGCUCUUCGAUCUUAUGACAGAGCGGCAUGUGACGACAUGGAAUGCGAUGAUAGACGGCUAUGGAAGUCAUGGUUUGGGAAAGAUGUCACUCUGGUUAUUUGAGGAGAUGAAGAGGAGUCCAGUUAAGCCUAGUGAUGUAACAUUCCUUAACAUUCUCUCAGCCUGCAGCCAUGCUGGGUUAGUAGAUGAAGGGAAGAAGUACUUCAGGUCUAUGAGUGAAGACUAUGGCUUUGAGCUUGGAAUCGAUCAUUAUGGAGCCAUGGUCGACCUCUUGGGUCGCUCCGGGAGACUAGAAGAAGCAUGGAGCUUCAUAGAGCAGAUGCCACUUAAACCAAGCAUCAGCAUAUACGGCGCAAUGCUCGGAGCCUGUAAAAUCCACAAGAAUGUGCAGAUUGGCGAGGCAGCGGCAAAGAGGCUCUUCGAGCUUGAACCCGAAGAAGGUGGCUACCAUGUCUUACUAGCUAACAUAUAUGCAUCAGUCUCAUUGUGGGAGGAUGUGGCUAGAGUGAGGAAGAUGAUGGAGAAACAAGGAAUUCAGAAGACACCAGGUUAUAGUUUUAUUGAAUUCAAGAAUCAAGUGCACACAUUUUACAGUGGAAUGACAAAUCAUCCACAAGCAAAGCAGAUAUAUGCCAAGCUUGAUGAAUUGAUUGAGGAGAUCAGAUUAAUUGGAUACAUUCCAGAUAAGAAUUUGGUGCGUGAUAUUGAAGAUGAUGUAAAGGAGACAUGGCUUAACAGUCACAGUGAGAAACUGGCCAUUGCAUUUGGGCUUAUAAACACAAAACCUGGUACUACCAUACAGAUAAGAAAGAAUUUGAGAGUAUGUAGUGAUUGUCAUAAUAUGACAAAGUUGAUUAGCAGAAGCACCGGCAGGGAGAUUAUUGUUAGGGAUAUGAAUCGAUUUCAUCAUUUCAAGGAUGGGGAAUGUUCAUGUGGGGAUUACUGGUAAUUAUUGUUUAGGGUUUAAGAUUUGUGAUUAUCUCACUUAUAUGAAUAAAUUUAAUUUUUUAUA